AUUUAUUUUAAUGUUUUGUUGGUAGCUUGUGACGGCUAUAUCUUGGUAAAAUGGGUCCAAUCAUAGAGAUAAAUCAAGGGAAAUUAGAGGGAAUCCAGGGUGACAACGAGUUUAUAUUCAGGGGUAUCCCCUACGCUAAACCUCCGAUUGGUCGAUUGAGAUUCUCAGAUCCUUUACCACCAGAACCAUGGGUAGGAAUAAGAGAUGCCACCAAACCGUGCAACAUUUGUUCGCAGUUGGGUAUGUUGGCGACUGAAAAAAAGGUCACUGGAAAUGAGGAUUGUUUAUAUCUUAACAUAUGUACUCCUGAGCUUCCAUCUGCAAGCUCGUCACCAAGACCUGUUUUAGUAUUCAUUCAUGGAGGAGGGUUUAUUUAUGGCAAUGGAACAGAUUAUGAGGAAAUAAACCUUCAUGGUAGUUUUAUAGAAAGAGGCUUCGUUGUAGUAACCCUGAACUAUAGACUUGGAGUGUUAGGAUUCUUAAGUUUGGAUCUGAAAGAAGCUCCAGGAAACAUGGGGUUAAAAGAUCAAUGUCUUGCACUCAAGUGGGUUCAAAACAACAUAAGUAGGUUUGGCGGUAACCCCAACGAUGUGACCAUUUACGGGAUAAGUGCGGGAGCAGCCUCGGUGGAAUAUCAGGUGCUUUCACCAAUGUCUCGAGGGCUUUUUCAUAAAGCGAUUGCGCAGUCCGGUUCAUCAAUUUCACCAUGGGCACACACCAAUAUCGUGAAAAAAAUGAGUCGUAAAAUUACAGCAUUAAAAGGGAAAAAAAUAUCGAACGAUCUUGAGAUGUUAAAGUUCCUUAGAGAAAUGCCAAUCGAAGAUUUACUGAAAACUGUUGAUAAACUAGUGAUAGAUGAGGAGACGCCUGGUGGUGUUUUCUUUGGGUUUUGUCCAUGCAUAGAGAAACCAAAUGGUUGGCAGGCGUUCUUAGAGGAAUCACAGUACGAACUACUCAAAAGAGGUGAUUUUGCAAAAGUACCAUACCUGACCUCCUUUUGCACUCGAGAGGGUAUGAUUGUUGCAAAAUUAGGUCCACAAAAUUUACAAAAGUUGGAGAAUAAUAAGAAUUUUGGUGAAUUUUUGAAAGCAUAUUUUCCAAUGGAUGACGUCACGGCUGCUAAAUACGACGAAAGGUUCAAAAAAGUUUACUUAUCACUAGACAGAUUUUCGGAGCCUGAUGAAUUUGCUAUUGAAUUUUUCUCUGAUUUUGACUUUUUUGCGGGAAUUUAUCAAGCUGCGAAGUUGAUGUCUAAGCAUAAUCCGCGCGUGUAUUUCUAUGAGUUUGCAUACGAUGGCAAUUUGGCUAUGGUAAAGAAAGCCUUAGCCCUGGAAGGCUACAAAGGUACUUGUCACGGAGACGAUUGGGGAUACAUCGUUAAGAGUACUGAGCAGUUUAAGGAUAUAAAAUCCUCUAAAGCAGACAUCAUAGCUUCACAGAGACUGUUGUCGUUCUACACUAAUUUUAUUAAACACGGAAAACCGAUUACUGCACUAGAUGAUGUUAUAACCACGCACUGGGAACCGGUCACAGCGUCUAACAUGAACUACCUUCUGCUAAACGAAGACAUGAAGAUGGAAAAUCAUCCGUAUCCCGAAAGAAUGGCACUCUUCGAAGAAAUAUACGAAAAGUAUUACGGGAAAUAAUUAUACGUACUUAUAUUUGUU